GUAUGUUUUGGUGUAUGAAAAAAAAAUUUAAAAAUUUUGAAAUUCAAAAAUGUUCACCAAUCAUUCGUCAUUCGGGCUCUUAAUCAUCAUCAUCAUCAUCAUGAUAUCCCAUCAUAUUUUUGCAUCACUUUUGAUUGAUGACUCAAACGUUCAUGAUGAUAAUCCAGAUGAUAUAAUCCUAAAAUCUACUAGAACACGUUAUAAUAUAAUUGAUUCAGACACUGUUAACAAUGAUCCAAUCAGCAGUGUUGAAUUGAUAUUUGAUACACCAGUAUUUCAACAUGAAGAUCUAUUGCUUGAAUGCCGUUAUCGAUUGAAUGUGAAUAAGAAAUUAUAUUCCAUCAAAUGGUAUAAAGAUGAUGAUGAAUUCUUUCAAUACAUGCCCAAUGAUCAUCCCAAAGUUCAACAUUAUAAUAAUAAAAUCAUAACGACUAUGCCCGAAUAUGAAAUUGGUUAUGAUUCAUUUUGGCUAUUAUUACGUAAUGUUAAUUCAGAAUUUCAGGGCAUCUAUUCAUGUGAAUUGUCGACCGAUGCUCCAGAAUUUAUGACACUUAAAGAUUAUAAACCACUCGAGGUUUAUGUAUUGCCCAAUAAAAGUCCACGUAUCAGUGGUAAUAAACUGAAUUUUUUGCUCAAAUCACGUAUCGAUCUGAAUUGUACAUCACCAAAAAGUAGACCAGUUUCAAUCAUACAAUGGUUCAUCAAUGAUCAAUUGGCUCCAAGCGAUUAUCUAAUACAUUAUAAUACGGUUAAUCAUUCGGAUGGCCUACAGACACGUACCGUAAGGCUUAAAUUCAUUGUGAAUGAAGAACAUUAUCAAUUAGGACAUAUGAAAUUGGAAUGUGUAGGUAAGUUUUUGUUGUUGCUAUUGUUGUGGUUUUGGUUGAAAUUUUUUUUUAAAAAUCUGAUUUUAACUUUCAAACACAUAAUAGCAAUCUAUAGAAAAUUGGUCAUUGGACAGAAUGGAACAUUGGUUCGAAUCGAAUCAUCAAGUGUUCAUCAUGGUGGAUCAUUGCCACCAAAUAGACCAAUUUGGACACGUAGACGUAAUAGAUUCAAUGCUACAUCGAUGAUGCCAACGCCAACAACAUCUUCAUCAGAGUCAUCGUCAUCAUCAUCAUCAUCAUCACCAUCGUUAUAUUCAUGUCAUAUGGUUUAUAUGGUAACCAUUUUUAUCACUACAAACAUUGUCAUUGCCAUGGUCACGAUGGUAGACAUACAGAAAAAUUGAUCAACAACUUCGAUCACCAUCAUCAUUACCAGCAUAAAAGAAAUACUCAAAAAAAAAAAAUGAAAAAAACAAAGCCAAAAUAAAAAAAAAAUGCAACAGUCGUACGGAAUAACAAAAUUAAUAUUAAUCAACCAGGUAACCAAUCAACCGACUUGAUGGAUAAUAAUAAUAAUGAUAAUGAUGAUGAUGAUAACCAUAAUCACAAAAAGAAAAGAAAAAAAGUUUCAUCGUUACGAUCCAAUUUGACUCAUUCUUAUGGGUGUGAAUACUGAUUUCUACAAUCAAUUAUCAUUAUUGUUUGCAUGUGUAUUGUAUGUUGUAUGAUGUAUGCUCAAUUGAUCGCUCAU